AUAGAUACAAUAUUUACAAUCAUUAGAUCAAAAUUGUAGUAACAAAUGGCUGACGAAGAAGACGAUUAUAUGUCCGAUGCUUUUCUCAGUCAAAUAUCAGACGUGCGGCCGGGCGUACCAAUGGUGAAGCGGGCUAAAGAGGCUAUGAGGCGGGAGGUACUUCAUAAAGAGAAAAAUCUGCAGAACCGUCAAAAGAGCUACAAGGAACAGGAGCGAGAGAGCCGUGAAACAGCUCUGAGCAGCUCCAUCAGCAAAGAAAAUAAAGGCUUUUCGCUGCUGCAAAAAAUGGGUUAUAAAGCAGGUCAAGGCCUCGGCAAAGAAGGGGCAGGCAGAGUUGAACCAAUACCACUCAACAUUAAAACAGGUUUGCUGGGUGGUAUUGGAAUGGAAGAGGCUAAGAAAAGAAAGGCAGAGGAGGAGCUUGAACAUUACAGGCAAAAGGUGCAAAUGAAACACCAAGCAGAGAAAAGAUCACUAGAAGACUUCAGAACACGGAAGAGAACGGAGAGAGAAGAACGACAGAUUGAAGGAGACAUGAGGAAGAGUCAGCGUGCUUGUGAGCAGCUUGACACUCAGAAGGGCAUUACAACCCCAAGAGAACAGUGGUACUGGCCAGAAGUCUUAAAUCAGGAGGAGGAGGAGGAGGAGGAGGAUGAUGAACAAGAAGAAUCCAAGAAUGAUGAAGCAGAGGAGGAUGAGUUGACUUCAUUAGACAAGCUGCAUUUUAUCACAUCCUAUCUGAGAGGGGUGCAUUUCUACUGCAUAUGGUGUGGAACAACCUACAAUGAUGAGGAGGACUUAAGCUCAAAUUGUCCUGGUGACACUGCAGCAGACCAUGAUGACUAAAGCAGCUGAGAGACAGAAUACAGACAAGAGCCAUUUGUCUGUGUCCCAGAUGGUUCUCUCACAAUGUGGACACCUAGUUAUCGGUGUUAUUUAUAUUUGGAGAUAUCGUGACUAAGUAAAAGUUUUGGACGUUCUGAGGAUGCAGAAAAAUGCAUAUUCUGUGCUAUGCACAGUAAUAAGGAAGUAUGUUUUGAAGUAGUGUAAUUUUAUUUGACUUCUAUCGAUGAUCUCUGCCUGUAUUA